ACCCAAUGUUGCUUGGACGAAAGUCUCAACAGGUGCCACUAUCCCAGCUAACACCAAGCACGGUACCCGCUUUGAAGUCUUCAAAAAUGGAACUUUUGUUAUUAAAAACAUCCAGCUUCAGGAUCGAGGACAGUACCUUUGCACAGCCCAGAACAGGUUUGGAUCAGAUCGGAUGGUCAUCACCUUAGCUGUCCAAACGGAAGCACCCAAGAUUCAACCACCCAAGUCCACAGAGAUAUCAGUCUACUUAGGAAAAAAUGUGUUUCUGGACUGCCUGGCCUCUGGAAAACCACCAGCCCAGAUUUCCUGGAUUCUCCCAGACAAAACAUUUGUUCGUGAUGCCGGGACUCUUUCCACUAUCCUCUCUCCAAUGUCUCUGCUUCAGAAUGGGACCCUUCACAUUCAUUCUGCUAAUUUCUCCAGCAAAGGGAACUAUAAAUGUAUCGCAAGCAAUGCAGCAGGUGCAGAUACAAUUACUUAUCAUCUGCACGUAGCAGCUCUGCCUCCAAGCAUAAGCGAAGAAGCACUGGAUAGUGUGAUCAUUGCUCCAGGCAGAAGUGUCUAUCUUCACUGCUCUGUGAAGGGUGAACCACCACCUGCUCUCAAGUGGACGCUCCCAGCAGGUGUCCAAGUCAAACCCUCACAGUUUCUGGGACGCAGGCUGUUUGUCUUCCCAAAUGGGACGCUGUUCAUCAAGAAUGUUCUGCCAUCUGAUGGUGGGAGGUAUGAGUGUUUGGCCAGUAACACUGUGGGAAUUGCCAAAAGAACGAUCCAGCUGGAUGUGAGAGCAGAUUCCUCUACCUUCUCUCGCCAACCUCCUCCUCCUCUUCCCAUUCCUCCAACACACCGGCAUGCUACCCCAUCCCGUCAACACACCGUCUCAGCUAUGUAUGGUUCUGCUGUUUACCUCCAUUGUCCGGAGUCUACUGACUCCACGAGAGGGACCAUCUGGCAACUACCAUCCAAAACGAUCCUGGAUCAUCGAUACAGUCCAGAGAGACCAAUUAAAGUUUUCCGUAAUGGGACCCUAAGGAUUCUUCAGUUAACUGAGCUGGAUGGUGGAAGUUAUCUGUGUGUCUUCCAGCGACCCAAUGGAGAGGACAUGGAGCUUUUCCAGGUUGAGGUGUUAAUGACCCCUCCGAAAAUCGAACAUGUGAGGAUGGCACAGACCAGGGUCACUUUUGGGGAAAACUUCCAGGUGGACUGUGUGGCAACUGGCCUACCCGAUCCAGAAGUUUUCUGGAGUCUUCCAGAUGGAACAAUAAUCAACAACGCCCUUCAGUCAGAUGAUAGCGGCCUUCGUAACCGCCGACAUGUUAUGUUUGGCAAUGGAACUUUACUUCUACAGCAGAUGGGCAAAAAAGAUGAGGGUGACUACACUUGUUAUGCCAAGAACAAACUGGGAAAAGAUGAAAGAAAAGUGAGCGUCAAAGUGGGACCAAAUGCUCCGAAAAUUAGAUUCAAGUCACAAUCACUAGUGACGAUAAAACUGGGAGAAUCAGCCAAACUGAGUUGUGAGGCAACUGGUGAACCUACACCUAGAAUCACAUGGAUCUCACCACAAAAGGAUGUCAUACCAGCAUCAUCCGACAAAUUUCAGAUUAUGGAUGGUGGAAUGUUACUCGUAAAGAAAGUGACACUGUCUAGUGAAGGAAUAUACACAUGUUUGGCACGAAAUUCAGCUGGUGAUGAUGUAAAGAACAUAAAAGUUGAAGCUGAGCCCCAGGAACCCUUUAUCAAUGGUGUGAAAGGGAGGAGUACCACCAAGGUUUUGGGUGUAUCGUACCAAACAGCACAUCUGCAUUGUAGAGUGGAAGGAAAACCCGAACCAAAAGUCUGGUGGGUUACUCCUUAUGGCCUCUCACUCCCAGCACCCUACCUCGGAGGUCGCUUUCAAGUCCAUCAAAAUGGUACCUUGGAGCUGAGGGGGUUAAGGAAAACAGAUGAAGGGACGUAUAUGUGUCUAGCAAAAAACAACAUGGGUGAAGCCUCACUUUUGGUUGAAUUUGAUGUAGCAUCAUUAGCAGAGAAACCUACUUUUUCUGUUCCCAAUAUUGAGAUCUUACCAAUAAAGCCAGAUGGAGGGGAACUGAUUCUUGAGUGCUCUGCCCGUGGCAAGCCAAACCCAGAGUUUUCAUGGAUACUACCCAAUGGCACAUUGUUGAUGCCUGGUGCUAGACUCCAGCGGUUCACCCAUUAUUUAGGCAAUGGAACUCUGCGGAUCUCUCGACCAGUUCCAGCUGAUAAAGGAGUGUAUCGGUGCCUAGCAAAAAAUGUUGCAGGACAAGCAGAGAAACGUUAUGCCCUGGAAGCUGGGAGGAAGCCAGUGAUCAGAGGAUCUACAGGUGGGAUGAAGAUCACUUAUGGCCUCAAUCUGAACUUGCCUUGCACUGUGGAUGGCUGGCCGCAGGCAUCAAUCACAUGGAUCCUGCCCAAUGGUGUUGUUUUGGACAAACCUCAAACUAUUGGCCGAAUAUCUUUCUUUCCCAAUGGUACGCUCCAGCUCAGGCAGAUGGCUACCUUUGACAAAGGAACAUACAUUUGUAAAGCUUCCAACUCUUUCGGGUCGUCAGCACUAUCCUACCCAGUCACUGUGAUGGUGUUCCCUCCACAAAUCACAAGUACAAUGACUUCCAUCACCAGAGCGUACAGGGGAUCGCCCGUCAUGUUAAAGUGUGUCGCAACUGGUAUUCCCAAGCCAGACAUUUCAUGGACAUUACCUGGGCGCACCACACUGGUUCCCCACAGCCGGUACACAGUACAGGGAGGAAUUCAUAUGACAGAGGAGGGCAGUCUGGUCAUACAGAACCCUGUGCUCAUGAACUCUGGUAUUUACAAAUGCAACGCAAAAAAUGCCCUCGGAACAGAUUUCAAAUCGACGUACUUACAAGUUGUUUGAAUUACUUUAACAAUCAUUUGUACUCAGAAUAUCUCACAGCAGUGGUCUGGAUAGGAUUUUUUUCCAUUAGGAUUUGAAUAUAUCAUCAGUGACGAGGCAGAUUUAAAGCUGGUUGACUAAUGGCUUCGCUUGAGAUUUCACGCACUGCAGUUUGAAAAUGAACAUUUAUUAUUUGUGAAGCGUAAAUCACGUUUUUUGAUUGUUUGUUUGUUUUUUGCAGACGUUUUGUUCAGUAUACCUACUGACCCUACAGGUCUUUUGUCCUGUUGCAAGCACAUCUUCUCGGCAUUACUCCCAUAGAUGUGAUCUCACGUUACCCUUAUAACAUUAUAGUUUAUUAAAUUUUACUUCCCUAAAAAAAUUGUUGCCACUUAACAGCAAGUUCUGUCAGCUGACACACCUUCAUGCUUUACUUUCUGUACCCACCAUCUGCAUACAGUAUUGCAGUUUUUUGUUUUUGGCAGAUUAAAGUGUUUUUAUAAAGAUUCAACAGUUCAUGGUACAGAAGAGUAGAGCUUACUGCAGACAUCUGUAAGUCGUAGCUGUGGAGCGAUCUUAAACUGCUUGUUUGCUAAGUACCAUACAUGAUAAGCUUUCAAUGUAUCUUUUCUAUGAGGAUUCAAUUACCUCUUAUUACUACAGUGUGUUUGAGCAAAUAAUUUAGUGUAUGUAUCAAUAUCAUUUAUUCAUGUUCAUAAUGGUGGGAAGGAGUAGUUCAUAGCUGGUUGUGAACUAUUAACAAAAUAUGUAAGUACAUAAUUUAUAAGUUAGUAAUAAAAU